CUGGGCCGCCACAGCAGCGAGCAGUGUGUUCGUGCCCCUCGGUUCGAGCAGCGGCUGCUCGCAACAGUGCAAACAGACCUUCUCUGUUCUUCCGCCAGACAGUGAGUGUUGAGUGAGAGAGUGCGGUGUGACGACGCGCCGACUAAGCCCUUCCAUUCCGGCCCCCGACGAACGCACCACUCGCGGCCGCCUCAGUCAGGUAGUGGAUAGUUGGGGCGAGCGGUGCGUCAGUGAAGGCGGAUCGCCGGCCGUUCAUAUGCUGGUGCACGCGCGGUGCAGGUGGGCGCCAGAGGCCAGCGGGUGGCCGUCGCUGUGAGUGUCGCAGUCUGAUCACGUGCUCGGCGGUCGCAUGCCCGCGACAGUGGCCCGGCGCGACGACGCGGGCGCCGCCGAACUCGAGGACGUCGUCGUCGCCAAGCAGCUGCCCCCCGGCCACGAGAAUGGCCCCCAGGCCACCAAGGUGACGCCGGCCGCAGGGCCGUCUCCUCUGCUCGAGGGGGCGGCCAGGCACCCGACCGCCUCUGCCGCCGCCUCCGUGGCGACGGUGGAGGCCGUCGUGACGCAGCAGCCAUGCAGCUCGCAGGCGGCCGCGGCCGACGAGGCCACCAGCCCCACGGCCGAGUCGACGGCCAGCGGCAGCAAAAAGCCGCAUCGACACCACCACCACCAUCACCACCAGUCGCUGACCUCGUGGCUACUCAAACGCAUCACCAACAUGAAGAUCUUUCAGCCUAAAAAAGAUUUGGAUCUCGAAGAGUUUGAGGUGCAGCCGGCGAGGUACAAGCCCGACAGACUGGAAGUGCUCAGCAAAACGACUGGCUUCACCAAGAAGGAGAUCCAAUUCGUGUACCGGGCCUUCAAGCAAGAAUGUCCCACAGGAAUGAUCAGCGAGGAAACCUUCAAAAGUAUCUACGCAAAGUUCUUCCCCCUUGGAGAUUCCAGCCAAUACGCGCACUACGUAUUCAGUACCCUGGACCGUGAGAAAUGUGGUACCAUCACAUUUGGUGAUUUUAUGCUCGGUCUGUCUGUGUUAGUCAAAGGCUCGUUGCAGGAACGACUGCGCUGGGCGUUCAGUUUGUAUGACGUAAACAACGACGGCUGCAUCACCCGCGAGGAAAUGACGACGGUGAUCACGGCCAUUUACGACUUGAUGGGCGCCUCACACACUGAGCCCGGCGUCCUGCCCGACGAAGCGUCCAAGGAUCACGUGGAGAGAAUAUUCCAGAAAUUGGACUUGAAUAACGACGGAGUUAUCACAGUUGAUGAGUUCAUCGACUAUUGCUCAAUGAAUGAAGACAUCCGUAGCUCGUUUGCAGUGUUUGAUGAUUUGUGGUAGAAGUGCGUCGCGUCGAGGAGAAACUUUGCUAGUUCGACAGUGCGUGGAUGAACGGGUGCAAAAAUCCGUAUUAAACGGACUAGAGGAACAUUGUGUUUUCGACGAGGGUUUAUUUGCACACCGGUGAGUCCAGCUGUUCUGCUGGAGACAUAGUAUUGAAAUUGACACGCGCGGAAUAUUCUCUAGAAGCCACUGCUACUCGUUUUUGUCGCAGUAGUACUCACAAACUGCAGGAAAAAGGUGCUCCGUCAAGAUCCGCUACUUCUCCAAAGUCACUUCUUGUAGCACCUUAAGAGGGUAUGAAUGGUUUCACAAAUCCACUGCUGCUGUUUCGUGGGUGUUAAGCGUACAGAUUGACCUAAAAUUUUGGUGUUCGCCGUAAAUUAUCAAACAAUUCUUUGAAGCUCUUUUUCGAUAUAAUUUUUAUACCUUCAAAAUUAAAUGCAAUAUCAAUAUCCAAAUUCAUUGCAGAAAAAAAUAAGCUGGGAUGCAAAUUUACAGGUUGCAUUCGGGUUUUUUUUAUAAUCUUUUCCAACUAGAACGUCAACAUAACACAUGUAAAUAUUAUGCUAUGCAUAAUUUAACCGUAUUCCACCACGCGGACCAAUCAGAAGGAUAAACAUGACAUGUUUAAUUGUGUAAUGCAUUCAGAGAGCUUGUAUGCGCAAACCUAAUUGAGUCUGAUCUAUGGUGUCAGAUUAAGUUACGAGCCUGUAUUCACAAUAAUUUCUAUCUUUCGUGUUUGAAGCAUUUAUCAUGCGACGGCAGCGGUGGAAUUCGCGGUGUUUGUUAUUCAUGAGGCGUAAUGCGCGUAUUUUCACAAUCUCCCUUUUUCAUUCCGUUUAAUUCAAUGCGGCAGGAAUGUUUUUUGUGCUGAACACAAUUUUUUAUAUGGAAAUGAACUGCAGCAGCCAUACUGCAGCCACGGUAACUUUCUCGUCCUCUUGCUGCAAGUUUUGCACUUUUAUUGGCUGCCAUAAAAACUAUCUGGAAAUGUGUAUUUCGUUAUAUUUUAUCUUGACAAUCGAGAGGAUUUCCGUCGGCUAACUUUAGGUGUACAGUAUGCAGGAACAGCAGGAGAAGACAUUCCUUCUAUACAUAUUUUGCUUUCCAAGACAAAAUUGCCUCUCCUUUGGAUGAAGUAACAAUAAAAGCUUUGCGAAUAUACUGGCUAUUAAUGUUAACUGAGGUGAUAUCUAAUUGAAAAAGACUCCACUGCGGAGUGAGUUUUUUAAGAGAGCAUGCUUUAAAGUGUGUUGAAAGCACAGAUUCAUAAAUACAUAUGUAUAGCAGAUAUUCUCCUUAAAACGGUAUUUCGCUUGUAUUCCAAAUUUUGCUCUCUCGUCACUUGCUCUCUUAAUACUAUGUAGAAAUUGUUCUUGGACCUCUGCAUGUGACUAUGAAUUUAUCUCUUCGUAUAAAAAUCAAUCUAUCUUCAUGUCUUUACAUUACGAAAAAAUUUCUCGCUAUUCGAGACGCAAGGAUUUUGGACAUUUCUCUUCCUCUCUCUUCACUAUCAAAGAAACAAAUCCCGUGAACGUGUCGCAACCAUAUCGCAAAAAAUUCCUGCUGCUGAGAGAGGAUGAUAAUAAACUUAAUAUCUGGAAUUUAAUAAAUAUCCUGAGCUUUAAAUAAACACACAGUCAUGAAAUGAAUGAUUUCUACAAAAGUGACAAAUUGUUACGUUGAAAAAACAAGCGUAAGAAUUUUGAGACACCAAUAACCCACUCUACAAAUUUUGGCAACCAAAUCCUUUUAACUUAAUGAAAAACCAAUGAAAAAAAUAUACAAUGUUGUUUAGUUUGAAGUGAAAAUUAUCUUUGCGCCGACAAAAUCAAAGUCAAUAUCUUGGGCAAGUCGCAAAAGUUAUAUUCCGCAUUUUUGGUUUAGCCCUUAAGAGCUUGGAAUUUAACUAUUAACAUUGCUGAUUUUUCAAAUUCUUGCUCUUAAACUCUUAUUUCAAAAUUAAUCUAGCUACAUUGAGUAGUAGACGAAUAAAAUUGGCAAAACUCGUAAUGAGACUUAAAAAUUUACUUUGAUAUAUUUAGUAGCUAAUAAACGAUUUGCUUUGAAAUGAGAGCGAAAUAAGAGCCAAAAUUAUAUUGAAACCAAGAAACGCGGCAUCAGUUUAAAUUAUUCAGAUAUUUGUAUAUUUCACAAAAUAUGUUCGAAUUUGUGUGGCAUUGUGCUCUUGGAAAGAAUCGUGCCAUCGAUUUUCAUGGACUCAAACCUUUAGUUACUUUCAAUAUUUACGCAACAGAGACUUUGUUAUUUGUGCGUGAAUGCCAGAUAUUGUGUUAAAGCGUAAUCCAAAUAAAUUUAUGUGCAGCUACCAGUUCUAGUCGCAAGCAAACUAUACACAGAGUGAAACCGUUGGUUUUGAUUUACAAUAUAUUCCACGGUUGUCGAACAGUUAAAUAAAACUGUAUUCCUUCGUACUUCAUUAAGUGUGUAAAUAGCGUUGUUGACUCUUGUGACUUCGUUUGACCCUGGAUAUUGGAAUCUCACAGCAAGCGAACACAAAACACAGCAGAAUUUAAACACAGUAUAUAAGAGACAUAAACUAGCGAAAUAAGGCAUAUUUAAAAUACUACAUAAAAUACUAGCUAUUUUCAACAUGAAUCUAGUUAUAAGGCUUUGGAUGCGCGAGACGAACCUUCCGUGGAUAAAACAACCCACUUAGACUCUAAUUGUGGACACAAAGCUGUUGUUAAGUUUUCGAGAAGAAGGUGGACACUUUGUAUUGACUAAAAUGUAGGCUUGUGUAAAAAUCAAAAGUACAUAUCCCUCCUCCUCCUCCACACAUCCCCGCCAGACUUUUGUUUGCAUUUUCUUGACUGUUGAGAUAUGAAAUUGAUCGAUCAUAGGACGAUGUUUUUUUUCUCUAAAACGUUUAAUGAUGUGUAAUUUUUAUGUUUCCCACGAAAAUCUGAUUACGAAGCACUUCAAAUAGCUGCACUUUGUAUGCCUACGCACUUGCGCUGAAUCAUUCUCCGCAAUAAUUAUUGUUGAUCGAAUACUGUUAAAUGAGAUCUUUAUUGUUUUCUGGCGAAAAAUCACACGAAUUUGUUGAAAAGAAAACUGACAUCAAUAGUCUACGCAAAUAUGGAAGAAAUGUACUACAGUUUAUUUGAUUAAAAAAUAAAACGAUGUUCUACUUUCAA